UGCUAGCAGCAGCUGAGAACCAGAGGGAAGCGGGGCUAGCGGUUCAGUUUCCUGUGUUUACCCGAACAGGAGCACCGUCUCACGGGCUGUGCUGUGUAGCAUUAGGGGCGCUGCAAAAAAGCCACUGGAAAUAUGUUAACAUAAACUUAAAACAGAGGCUGACAGCGAGGACCACGGCACCCUGCCACAUGACCGGGACGGCGGGGUGAACCAAUUAGUUGGAGCAAGAUGUCUUUGUUGCUGAUAUGUUCCCUGGGAGCUUUAAUAGUCGGCAUCACCUUUCUCCUUUCCCUAAUCUUCAGGUGGCUUAUAUGCACCUUGGCAGUGCGAUUCUUCCAGAACUCACUAAACGCUGAGCUGAGGAUCAAGUCUGUCGGCCUGUUCUCGGUCCGAGGAAUAAGUAUCCAGUUUCAACCCCAGCACACUCUGGAAAUUGAUCGAAUAUGGAUCUCGAGCAAGCUGUUGAAUCCGGACUUGCCGAGGUACCUGGCCCUCUGUGUGGGGGAGACGCGGGUCAGGUUCGACCUGGAGGCUCCUCUGAGGGCCGUGGUGAAGAGGAGCGAUGUGGGGACCCCGGGGAAGAUGCAGAUCAACCCCACAAUGCUGCGCCUGCUCUCACAGCUGCUGUCCUUCCACAUGGCGUCCAUCAGUGUGAUGGUGCUGAACCUCUCCCUCUCGGAGUCUCUGUGGCACAUGACGGUCACCAGUCUCGGCCUGCUGCUCGACCAUCAGAGUAAACGGUUGGCAUGGGUCUUUACUGCUGGGCAGUUGAGCAGCAAGGUCCUCAAGAACAGCCAGAAGGACAUCUGUCUGGCGGAGGUGUCCCUGAGCCUGGGCCUGUCCGGGGACGUGGGCCUGCCGGACCUGAGGCCCCGCUCCCUGUCCCUGAGCGUGAGGAACCUGCUGGCGGAGCUCCACGAGGGGCUGUUCCUCAGCCAGCUCCUGCUGCCUCCGGCCCCCUCCGCGGGCCCCCACACGCAGGCUGCCGGCGAGAACGAGCGGUUCGUCCAAACUGAGACGGUGGAGCGUUUCCAUCAGCUCGUUCCUCAGAGCGUCAACGUGGAGUUUGAAAACACCAACAUCACCCUGUCCAUGCAGAGCCAGAAGAGACACCUGAACUGGACCCUGAAGUCUCUGAAGGUGGGCUACAGCCGGGACGAGGACCAGCCCGCCCUGGAGAGCUUCACCCCCCCGCUCUGCCUCCCCCACAGCAGCCUGGGGGUCAUUCUGGAAGAUGGCCUUCUACUCUCGCAGAGCCGACAGCGGAUCCUCUGCCUGAACGCUUUGAAGACGGACGUGAUGGUCACAUCAAUAAACAUCUCCGGCUCCGUCACAGUCAGCACCUGCAUCGUCCACUACCGUCACCAGGAGUUCUCCCAUUGGCUGGAUCUAUUUCCAUGGAAACAGCUGUUCCACAGGAAGGCAGCGCACAGGAAAAGACCAUUAGAGUAUCUGCAUGCCUUUCUGCCCUCCAGAUGGUUCCCCCGCCUGGACGCCCCACUGACGCUCACCUCCUCCGUGUCCAACGUCAACGUCUCCGUCCAGCUGGGGGACACCAACCCCUUCGCUCUGGGCUUCAUCUCCACCAGCGCAGAGCUGCAGCGCUCCGUGAACCAACAGGGUCCUGGUGCCACCCUGGACCAGGGGGGUCCUGGCUCCCCAUGCGUCCAGCAGCGGGCCUCUCUGUCCCUGGACCACUUCUGGUGGAGGGUGGGCCAGGGCUCCCACAUCCAGCAGGCCCCCCACCCCCCGGGGAAGCAUGUCUGGGGGGAGGCCCUCAUCCUGGACUGCCUCACCCUGAAGGGGAGCUACCUCAGCCCCCUCUCGGAGCCCCCCAGUCUCCAGCCCCCCAGCCUCAACCUGACCUCCAAACUGACCGGGCUGCAGGUGGAGCUCUCUGAGACCUGCACCCUCUGUCUGUCUCGCCUGCUCUCCCUCUUCAGCCUCCCGGCCCCCCGCGGGGCUGAGGGGGCCGGCUCUGCCUCGGCCUCUUCUGCUGCAGAUGACGCUGGUUCACUCCCCUCCUCCUCCUCCCCCUUCUCCUCUUUAUCCUCACCCCCCUCCUCCUCUUCCACCCCCUCGUCCUCCUCCUCCUCCUCUUCCUCCUCCUCUUCCUCCUCCCCCUCCUGCCCUCCCCCUCCCCUCAUGUUCAACAUGGAGUGUGGUCUGGAGGACGUCAAUAUCUUCACACUCUCCAACCUGGCAGGGGCGGUGUCUCUGCGUCUGGACGGCGUGGAGGUGCGCGGCGACCGGGGGAGCUCCAGAGUGUCGCUGGCCGGGGUCAGCCUGGCCCUGGUCAAGGUGCUGGUGGAUAACAUGGAGCCCUGCUGCCCCGCCGCCCAGACCCAGACCCCCGGCCCGGUCUUCAGCCUGAGCGCCCUGUCCUUCAGCCACCGCACUGACUCCCACACCCUGGAGAUUCAGUGCGACCAGGAGCUGGUCCUGGAGUGGACUCCGUCGGACCACAUGUUCCUGUACCAGCACAUGACCGAGGCCCACGCCUGCUGGCUGCUGCUCACUGGGGAGCAGGACGAAGACGGCUCAGUCCCUCCCGCGGGCUCGGAGACCGCUCCCCCUCCCGCCCAGCGGAGGGCGCUGUGUGUGAGCGUGGAGCUGGGGCGCACCCGCCUGACGGCCCACGUCAGCGAGGAGAACUACAUCCGGCUGCACACGGAGGCCCUCUCCCUCUCCAGGCGGGCGGGCUGCAUGGUGCUCAGGUCGCCGCUGCUGCUGAUGAACUUCGACGGCAACGACAUCUUCUCCUUCCAGGACCUGGACGCGCGCGCCGUGCAGGAGCCGGCGGAGACGCGCCCCCACCGGGAGUCCUUCCCCUUCCUGGCCACACCCCACAACCGGGCGUGGCUCUUCACCUGCCCCAGCGUGGCCGUGGAGUUCCCGUACCAGUACAACUUCUCCAACACCUUCGACAUGGCCGUGAGCGUCCAGAAGUGGCUGAAGAGCCUUCACCGGCCCGCUGCCCCGCCCACCGCCUUCGCCGCCGCCCCCCAGACCCUGCCCCCCGACCUGGUGUUCCGCGUGGGCCAGUUCUCCUUCGUGUUCCUGGACGACGUGUUCGAGAUCAAGCUGAGGGACAACUACGAGCUGAUGAAGGACGAGAACAAGGAGAGCGCCAAGCGGCUGCAGCUGCUGGACAAGAAGGUGGCGGAGCUGCGCAAGCAGCACGGAGAGCUGCUGCCCGCCCGCAAGAUCGAGGACCUGUACAGCUCGCUGGAGCGCAAGCACAUCGAGAUCUACAUCCAGCGCUCGCGCCGCCUCUACGCCAACACGCCCAUGCGGAAGUCCCUGCUCACCUGGACGGUGUCGGACCUGGAGCUGGUGGCGCUGGCCGACCGCUCGCUGCACGGGCCGGAGCGCGUCCGCGACCAGCUCAGGGACAUCGACGGGGUCAGCCCCUUCCCGCGGGACGGGCUAGCGCUGGUGGUGCAGUGGUGCCGCGCCGUGAGGUUCAAGCUCUCCGCCUACCUGGUGAGGAUCCGGGACUACCCCCGCUACCUGUUUGAGAUCCGGGACUGGGAGCUGUCGGGGCGCCUGGUGGGCACGGAGCAGGACGGGCAGACCCGGGCCCACCGCAAGCAGACCCUCCCGCUGGGGGCGCCCUGGGGAGACGUGACGGUGCACAGGAACAUGCCCCCGCUCAAGUUCUACUACGACUUCAAAUCCACCAUCUCUCUGUACACCAUCGUGUGGGGGCCCUGCUGGGACCCGGCCUGGACUCUGAUUGGCCAGGUGGCGGACCUGCUGACCAAGGCCUCCGUGGACCCCUCGCCUCAGCUGGCCUGGUGGGACAAGAGCCGCCUGCUGCUGCACGGGCGCUUCGUGAUGGACAUCGACCACGCCAACCUGCACCAGCUGGCCACCGAGGACCCGUACAACACGAUAGAGAACCUGCACUGGGAGUGGAACAAGGUGAACUACGACUGGAACCCAGGCCAGUUUGUCUUCAAAGGAGACAUGGACGUAAACGUCAGAACGGCCUCAAAGUACGACGACAUCUGCUUCCUCCACCUGCCCAACCUGUGCAUGACCCUCGACCUCCAGUGGCUUUGUCAUGGCAACCCCCAUGACCACUACGCCGUGACGCUCUGCUGCGCGGAGAACGUGGCGGACGUGACCUCGGGGCAGCCCCACGACUCGUACCGCGCCUUCCGCUCGGAGAACCUCAACCUGUCCAUCACCAUGGACCUCAACCAGCACUGUGGCACCGAGCCCUGCCAGCCCAGGAUGCUGUUCUACAGCAGCACCCUGCGCUGGAUGCAGAACUUCUGGGCCACCUGGACGGGCGUGUCGCGGCCCAUCUGCAGGGGGAAGCUGUUCAACAGCCUGCGGCCCAUCCGCAGGAAGCUGGGCCAGCACUACAAACAGCUGUCCUACACCGCCGCCUUCCCACAGCUGCAGGUCCACUACUGGGCCUCCUUCGCCCAGCAGAGGGGCAUCCAGGUGGAGUGCAGGAAGGGCCACAUCUUCCCCCGGGGGGCCCAGAGGCUCAUCCCACAGGCGGGCACUGUGAUGAGGCGUCUGAUCUCGGAGUGGAACGUGACCCAGAUGGUCAGCGAUCUGUCGGAGGUGACGGUGCACCUGAUGGCCUCUACCUGGGACGAGACGGCCGACCACCAGGUGAAGAAGACCCACCUGCUCAGCAUGUCCUCGCUCAGCUACCAGCGGCAGAGCAACCGCGUGGAGGAGGACCCCAGCUCCAAGGCGGAGGGCAACGCCUCCUACACCCACCGGCUGCGUCUGGUGGACCUGCGGGCAUCGUGGACCACCACCAACCGCAACAUCGCCUUCGGCCUGUACGACGGCUACAAGAAGGCGGCGGUGCUGAAGAGGAACCUCUCCACCGAGGCGCUGAAGGGGCUGCGCAUCGACCCCCAGCUGCAGACCAAGAAGCUCCGGCGCUCGCCCUCCAACUACUCCCCCAGCACGGCCCCCCCCACGCCCGUUCUGACGGCCCCCGCCCGCGCCGAGAAGAACCAGAACGAAGGAACCUCCAUGCUGCAGAAGCUGAUCGAGGAGAACGAUAAGUUUGUGGUGUUCUCGGAGGAGGACUCCGGGCUCGGUGAGCCGCUGUGCGGCAUCGCCGCCUCGCAGACCGACGACGUCUACAACCGCAACUGGUUCAUCGAGCUGGUCAACUGCCAGAUGAUGCUGCGGGGCACGGAGACGGCCGGCUGCGUGCUGGUGUCGGCCGCCAUGGCCCAGCUGCUGCAGUGUGAGCACCACCCGGCCUGGUACAACGACACGCUGAAGCAGAAGACCACCUGGACCUGCCUGCUGGACGGCAUGCAGUACUUCGCCACCAUGGAGCCCAACCCCUCGGAGCAGGAGGACCGGCAGCUCUGGCUGGAGGUGAAGAACAUCGAGGAGCACAGGGAGAGGAACCUGGACUCGGUGUUGGAGCUGAUGGAGAGCGGACAGGCUGUUGGCGGGAUGGUCAGCACCACCACAGACUGGAACCAGCCGGCGCAGGUGAACGACACGCAGCAGGUCCAGCGCAUCAUCUCGCGCUGCAGCUGCCGCAUGUACUACAUCGGCUACAGCCACGACAUCGACCCCGAGCUCGCCACGCAGAUCAAGCCCCCGCAGCUCCGCGACGAGCACGAGAAGGAGGACCUGCUCAAGAAGCAGGCCGGGGCCGUGGACACCUUCACCCUCAUCCACCACGAGCUGGAGAUCUCCACCAACCCCGUGCAGUACGCCAUGAUCCUGGACAUCGUCAACAACCUGCUGCUGCACGUGGAAACCAAACGCAAGGAGCACAGUGAGAAGAAGCAGAGGGUGCGCUUCCAGCUGGAGAUCUCCAGUAACCCUGAGGAGCAGCGCAGCAGCAUCCUCCACCUGCAGGAGGCGGUGCGACAGCACGUCGCCCUGAUCCGCUGCCUGGAGAAGCAGAUCUACUCCAACAUCAGGACCCAGCCCGAGGAGCAGAGUGGGGAGGACCUGCAGGAGGUCAACCUGCGGCUGCAGAACCAGCUGGACCAGGAGAAGACGGACAUGCAGAUGAAGAGCGAGGAGCUCAACAUCCUCAUCAGGUGCUUCAAGGACUUCCAGCUGCAGCGGGCCAACAAGCUGGAGCUGCGGAAGCCCCCGGAGGACGUGAGCGUGGUGCGGCGCACAGAGAUCUUCUUCGCCCAGGCCAGCUGGUGCCUGACGGAGGAGGACGGCCAGCUGGGCAUCGCCGAGCUGGAGCUGCAGAGGUUCAUGUACAGCAAGCUCAACAAGUCGGACGACACCGCGGAGCACCUGCUGGAGCUGGGCUGGUUCACCAUGAACAACCUGCUGCCCAACGCCUCCUACAAGGUGGUGCUGCGGCCCCAGAGCCAGAGUCAGUCCGGCCGGCAGUUCGCUCUGCGCAUCUUCAGCAAAGUGCGCCCCCCGGUGGGCGGGAUCUCGGUGAAGGAGCACUUUGAGGUGAACGUGGUGCCUCUCACCAUCCAGCUCAUGUACCAGUUCUUCAAGAGGAUGAUGGGCUUCUUCUUCCCGGGACGCAACGUGGAGGAAGAGGAGGUGGCGGACGAGGAGGACAAGUUCAGGCUGGUGACCACCGGGGUCCAGACGAAGGUGCGCCAGCUGUCGGAGGACUCCUUGGGGCCGCUGGGGCCCAGCAAGGCGGCGGCCCAGGGCCCCAACCGCACCGGAGUCCGGAGGUCCUUCCGGAAGACACCGGAGCACCCGGUGGACGACAUCGAUAAGAUGAAGGAGCGGGCGGCCAUGAACAACUCCUUCAUCUACGUCAAGAUCCCCCAGGUGCCGCUCUGUGUCAGCUACAAGGGAGAGAAGAGCAGUGUGGACUGGAAGGACCUGAACCUGGUGCUGCCCUGCCUGGAGUACCACAACAACACCUGGACCUGGCUGGACUUCGCCAUGGCGGUGAAGAGGGACAGCCGCAAGGCGCUCGUCGCCCAGAUGAUCAAGGAGAAGCUGCGUCUGAAGCCCACGCAGGGAACGGAGUCGCGCAAGGCACUGGAGGCCAAGCUGGACAGCAGCAUGAAGCAGCAGCAGCAGGAGGAAGACGAGAAGGCCCGCCUGCUCAUCGGCUUCAGCUCGGCCGACAAGAGCUCCAGCAAGAAGAGCAUCUUCAGCCGCCGCAAGUGAAGACGCUCCCCACGCCGCGACACCCGUCUGCCUGGAGGAACACGGCCUCGCGCGUUUUGGGGGUGGUGGUCGGGGGGGUCAUGGUUGGGGGUGUUGAUGAGGGUGGUGGGCAUGGUGGUAAAUGAGGGAGGUGGUGGUGGUGGUGGUGGUUGUUGUGGUGGUGGUGGUAGAUAUACGUGUGUGCGUCUCUGCUGGCCCAGGCUGGUGCGCUGGCUGCAGGUGUCUGGGUGGGGCUGUUUGAACUACAAAUGGUUAAAAUGCAAAAUGAGAACAUACAAGUAUUACCUGCAGAUGUUGAUGAUGAUGAUGGUCCCAAUACCGGGCUUUAACUGUGUCCGGGCGAUUGGGACAUUCCCGAAGUGGAAUGCUGACCAAAAACGAAACAUUCGCGUUGUCAUUUCAGUUGAAUAUGUUUUAAUGUGCCGCGUAAACUCAUCCCACAUAGACUCAUUACGUGUGUGUGUGUGUGUGUGUGUGUGUGUGUGUGUGUGUGUGUGUGUGUGUGUGUGUGUGUGUGUGUGUGUGUGUGUGUGUGUGUGUGUGUGUGUGUGUGUGUGUGUGUGUGUGUGUGUGUUAGCCGGAUGAAGCCGGUUCCCGCUGGCUGGGAACACAGCCUGUCUGAUCAGUUAGCAUGCUUGAAGUUUAUGGACACGUUGGAAGCGCUUUCAGAUCCUGUUUUCGAUCCUCAGCGCCAGAGUUUAGGUCUGGGGGUUCCCCUGCUAUAUACGUCACCUAUUACGGUGUUUGGAUUUAGUUUAUUUUGAAACUGAGAUAUUGAGGGAAUAAGAAUACGCCUGUAUGAUCGUCACUUUGACAGGAAGGGCUAUCGCUAUAAAAGUACCACAGAUUAUUUUAUUUUUUACUAAGAAAGCCCGUCUUUUCUGCCUUUUACGCCUCCUAUUUCAAACCGGUGCAAUAUACAUCAUGAACAGUGCAACGUAAAUAUAUAAAAUGAUAUAUAUAUAUAUAUAUAUAUAGAGAUAUAUAUAUAUAUAUAUAUCUAUACUUGUUCAAUUAUUUAUAGCACUUUGGUAGGUGAAAUUGAUCCUCAUGGAAACGUGUGGUGCGGCUAUCGGCUGAUGUUUUCUAAUUUUAAAACUAAAGCACUUUUUAUCAAAGUAUUUUCUGAUAUUUUUGUAAGCUGGUUGUUUGUUUUUAUGUGUGCUGCUGUGCCCGUUCAUCCAGUCACAUGUUAACCAAAAUCUAUGUUCGUCCCAACAUUUCAACCCAAACGGUUCAGUGCAGUAUAUUUGCGUAAACAUUGUUUGAAAUUUCCUGUUUCUGUCAAUAAAAGUGUUCCUGUGUCUCACAAA